AUGGUCUCUAUUGGUAUCAACGGCUUCGGCAGAAUCGGUCGUCUCGUCUUGAGAAUCGCCUUGGAAAGAAAAGACAUCAAGGUGGUCGCUGUCAACGACCCUUUCAUUGCUGCUGACUACGCUGCCUACAUGUUCAAGUACGACUCCACCCACGGCCAGUACAAGGAAGAGGUGAAGAGCGAAGGCAACAACUUGAUCAUUGGCGGCCACAAGAUCAAGGUUUACGGAGAGAAGGACCCUGCCAACAUCCCAUGGGGUGCUGACGGCGUUGACUUGGUUGUCGACUCCACUGGUGUCUUCACCAAGCUUGAAGGUGCCCAGAAGCACAUCGACGCUGGUGCCAAGAAGGUGGUGAUCACAGCUCCUUCCGCUGACGCUCCAAUGUUCGUUGUUGGUGUCAACGAGGAGCAGUACGCUGGCCAGUCCAUUGUCUCCAACGCCUCGUGCACCACCAACUGUUUGGCUCCUUUGGCCAAAGUCAUUGAUGAUGCCUUUGGCAUUGAGGAGGGUUUGAUGACCACUGUCCACUCUAUCACCGCCACGCAAAAGACCGUCGACGGUCCUUCCCACAAGGACUGGAGAGGUGGUAGAACCGCUUCGGGCAACAUCAUCCCAUCUUCUACUGGUGCUGCCAAGGCUGUCGGAAAGGUCAUCCCACACUUGAACGGCAAGUUGACCGGUAUGGCUUUGAGAGUCCCAACCGUCGAUGUGUCUGUGGUUGACUUGACUGCCAAAUUGAAGAAGGAUGUCACUUACGAAGAGAUCUGUGCUGCUGUCAAGAAAGCUUCUGAGGGCAAAUUGAAGGGUGUCUUGGGCUACACUGAGGAUGCUGUUGUGUCUUCUGACUUCAUCUCCUCAAACUAUUCUUCUGUGUUCGACGCCAAGGCCGGUAUCUUGUUGUCUCCUAAGUUCGUCAAGUUGAUCGCCUGGUACGACAAUGAGUACGGUUACUCCAACAGAGUUGUUGACUUGGUUGAAUACGUUGCCAAGCAAUAA